AUGGCCGCUCCUCGGGGAAGACUCCAAGGCAAGAAUGCCAUCAUCACCGGUGCUGCUGGAGGCAUCGGUCUCGAGACAAGCAUCCUCUUCGCCCGCGAAGGUGCCAAUGUCCUGAUGGCCGAUAUCUCCGCCCCCGCACUCGAGAAGGCCCUCGCCAAAGUGAAGGAAGUCGUUCCCAACGCCCCCCGAGUGGAAACAAUCAAGUGCGAUGUCUCCAAGGAGGCCGAGGUGCAGGCCAUGGUGGAGUCCCAGGACAGCUGGGGUGGAACGGACGUGAUCUUCAACAAUGCCGGGAUAAUGCAUGCCGAUGACGCCGAUGCGAUCGAUACCCCAGAGAAGAUCUGGGAUCUCACCCAGAAUAUCAAUGUCAAGGGCGUCUGGUUUGGCUGCAAGCAUGCGGUCCUGAGCUUGCGGCGCCACAAGAAGAGCCGGGGUAGCAUUAUCAACACGGCCUCCGUCGUGGCACUUGUGGGUAGCGCUACACCGCAGCUAGCCUAUACCGCCAGCAAGGGGGCCGUUCUCGCGAUGACUCGGGAACUGGCGAUUGUGCAUGCUCGGGAGGGCUUCCGGUUCAAUGCCCUGUGCCCUGCGCCGCUCAACACUCCCCUUCUGCAAGACUGGCUGGGUGAUGACCAGGCCAAGCGUCACCGUCGUGAGGUGCACUUCCCCACGGGACGCUUCGGCGAGGCCAUCGAACAGGCCCAUGCCGUGGUAUUCCUUGCCAGCGAUGAGAGCAGCUUCGUCAACGGCAGCGACUUUGUCGUUGAUGGUGGCAUGACCAAGGCUUAUGUGACUCCCGAGGGUCCCGCUACUGUUCCCCCGAAGAACCAGGGUCAUUAA